GAGAAGGGAGUGACUGAGGGGCUGGCAGGGAAGAGAGCGGAUGGCUUAGCAGCCAGAGCCCCAGCCCAGGGGGGUGUGGUGAUGCCUGGGACCCGCGCGUUCCCGGAACGCCCCCCGAGCCGCCUCUAAGGGACACCCCAGAAGUUAGCCUCAGUGGGACUUGGAAACUCCGAUCUCAGCAACUAUGGUUGGCGCGUCCAGGAACGCCAUGAGCCAGGACAUGGAGAUCGGAGGCCUGCCCAGGGACCCCAAGAAGAUCCCCAAGCAGGCCCGUGACUACAUCGCCACCGACCACACGCGCCUGCUGGCGGAAGGCAAGAAGCCUCGGCAGCGCUACAUGGAGAAGAGCGGCAAGUGCAACGUGCACCACGGCAACGUCCAGGAGACCUACCGCUACCUGAGCGACCUGUUCACCACCCUGGUGGACCUCAAGUGGCGCUUCAACCUGCUGGUCUUCACCAUGGUCUACACCAUCACCUGGCUCUUCUUUGGCUUCAUCUGGUGGCUGAUCGCCUACAUCCGGGGUGACCUGGACCACGUGGGGGACCAGGAAUGGAUCCCCUGUGUGGAGAACCUCAGCGGCUUCGUGUCGGCCUUCCUGUUCUCCAUCGAGACAGAAACCACCAUCGGCUACGGCUUUCGGGUCAUCACGGAGAAGUGUCCCGAGGGCAUCGUGCUGCUGCUGGUGCAGGCCAUCCUGGGCUCCAUCGUCAACGCCUUCAUGGUGGGCUGCAUGUUUGUGAAGAUCAGCCAGCCCAAGAAGAGGGCGGAGACGCUCAUGUUCUCCAACCACGCGGUCAUCUCCAUGCGGGACGACAAGCUCUGCCUCAUGUUCCGGGUGGGCGACCUGCGGAACUCGCACAUCGUGGAGGCCUCCAUCCGGGCCAAGCUCAUCAAGUCCCGCCAGACCAAGGAAGGCGAGUUCAUCCCCCUCAACCAGACCGAUAUCAACGUGGGCUUCGACACCGGCGAUGACCGUCUCUUCCUGGUGUCCCCACUCAUCAUCUCCCACGAGAUCAACGAGAAGAGCCCUUUCUGGGAGAUGUCCCGGGCUCAGCUGGGGCAGGAAGAAUUUGAAGUUGUGGUCAUUCUAGAAGGGAUGGUGGAGGCCACAGGCAUGACUUGUCAAGCCAGGAGCUCCUACAUGGAUACAGAGGUGCUCUGGGGCCACCGAUUCACACCCGUCCUCACCUUGGAGAAGGGUUUCUAUGAAGUGGACUACAACACCUUCCACGACACCUACGAGACCAACACACCCAGCUGCUGUGCCAAGGAGCUGGCGGAAAUGAAGCGGGAAGGCCGGCUGCUGCAGUUCCUGCCCAGCCCCCCGCUGCCCGAGGGCUGUGCUGAAGCAGAGCUGAAGGUGGAGGCUGAGCAGGACCGGGAGGACCCGCCUGAGGCACUGGGUGGGUCCUGGGAGAACACGGGCUCCCAGUAAGUGGCUCCGCCCCCACUGCCUCCCUCCUCCGCUGGCUUCUAGGAGCAGGGACACAGCAGAGCUGGGAGUGGGAGGCUCAGACUAGCCGAGGGAGUUGUUGGGGAGGCCCUGGAGCCAUUCAGGCUCUGUGGAGUGGAAAAGUCAUCCCUCCUCCCAGCCCAGGACCUCCCCAAGCCAAUGGCACUUGUGUGGACACCCCAGGGUAAUCCUGCCCCUUCUCUUCUGGCCCAUCCGCAGCCCCAUCCCCACCCCCAGCCACAGGACAGAAGUUUCCCCACAAUGAAAUUAGGGUUACCUCUGUCACCCUCCCUUUGCCCCCCCUUCUAGCUGACCAGGUCACCUUCUUCCAUGGCUCUCACUGACCAGCCCAGGCAGAGAGGGCAGCUUCCAUCCUCCCCCUCAUUUCUGCCUUCAAAAGAAUCAGUGGAGCUUCAGAAAGGUAAGAUCUUGCCUUCCUGGAGACCCAGAUGCCCAGACCUGGGGGGGGGGGGGGAUUAAGGUAUACACAGGUCAUGUGGGUAGUUGCUAUCACACCUGAGACCAAGGGACACCGAGGACCCUUCAUGGCCCAUGAAGAGUGUGUUUGUCAUCUUCUAUGCUCUGCAUGAAGGUCAGCCCUCUAGUAUUUCAUCUCCUCCCAGUGACUCGCACAAGGUGGCCUGGGACCAGAGCGACUCUGAGCACCCAAACUGUUGUCAUCACUCACUUUCACACCCCCCGCCACCUCCAAUCACACUGUGUCCCAACAUACCAGAUGGGGAA